AGUUCACUAAGGACUCGACAGCCGAGCGGUCGUCAUGGCCCUGCCUCUUCUGUCCUGCCUCUUCUUCAUCGUCAGCCUAGUUCUUGCUGUGCCGCCCUCCGAGCCGCCGCUGAUCCCUGACCACCCCUUUGUGGCCAUAUGGAACGCCCCCACCGACCAGUGUCAACAGCUGCACAUCCCACUGGACACCGGAGCCUUCCAGGCGGUGACCACGCCCAACGCUGUGCCCGGUCAGUUCCUCACAAUCUUCUACGAGGACCGCCUCGGCCUCUACCCCAAAAUUGACAUGACCAAACGCCAGCGCUACAGAGGCGGCGUUCCCCAGAAUGGCAACUUGACCGAGCAUCUGGCCAAAGCGCAGGGUCAAAUUGAUCAUUACAUCUCCCAUGAUUCCUCUCCUGGGCUGGCUGUGAUUGACUGGGAGUCCUGGCGACCCCUGUGGGACCAGAACUGGGGGUCCAAGCGUAUUUACCAGAAGCUGUCUAUCGCCCAGGCCGUUCAGAUGGCCCCGUUUUUAACAUCAAAUCAAAUCUCCAAACUAGCAAAGAGCCAGUUCCAGAAAGCUGGUCGCCGUUUCAUGGAGAAGACCAUCAGCCUGGGCAUUGGUGAGCGUCCGAGCCGCCGCUGGGGCUUCUACCUGUUCCCCGACUGCUUCAACUACGGCUGGGACAAGCCCGACUACACGGGGAAGUGUUCUGCCAAGACCCAGAAGCAGAACAACCAGAUGAUGUGGCUGUGGGAACGCAGCACCGCCCUCUUCCCCUCGGUCUACCUACACCAGUCCCUGAGGAACUCCUCUCGUGCCACGCUCUAUGUCCGCAACCGGGUCCAGGAGGCGCUGAGGGUGGCGGCAUUGCCCAAACGGCCAUACAUGGUGCCUAUCUAUGUUUACUCAAGACCCCUGUACCGAGAUCAGACCGAGACAUUCCAGACUCUGGCGGACCUGGUGAGUACCGUGGGGGAAUCUGCCACCCUCGGAGCCUCAGGGGUCGUGAUGUGGGGAGCGACCAAAGACUACAACAACAAGGACUCCUGUAAUUCCCUGUCCGAGUACCUGACUUCCACCUUCAAUCCGUACAUCGCCAACGUGACGGCGGCCGCCAUGCUCUGCAGUCAGGUCCUGUGUCAGGGGAAUGGCCGCUGCAUCAGGAAGAACUACGACUCCACCCACUACCUGCACCUGAACCCCGCCCACUUCAACAUCCUGCGGGCCAAGAAGAAGUACGUGGCUGUGGGUCUCCCCUCUAAAGAAGACCUCGACGCCUGGAAUGAAAACUUCACCUGUCAGUGCUACGCCAGGCUGAAAUGUUCACCCAAUCUGACGUAUCCGACUUCCAUCAAACUCAUCUGGGUCUGAUCUGUAUUUGAGUAAAAAUUCAUGAAUACAAUUAAAGUCGGCCCCUGAAAUUUGAUCAAAUCUUGCUUUUACAUAACUUACCGGAAAUCACAUUAUGAAUAAAAUUUAUGAAAAAAAUUCAAUACGAUGCAGCUUUUACUUCAACCAUUUUCCGAGGCUUAAAUAAAGAUUUAUUCUGAAAA